AAAGCAGAAGAAUCUGAUAACACUACAAUUAUGGAGUUUGUUCUUGUGGGGUUUUCUGAUGUACCCAAUUUACAGUGGAUUCUCUUCGGGAUAUUUUUAGCCAUAUAUCUGAUCAUUUUGUUGGGCAAUAGCAUCAUAAUACUGAUAACAAGAAUUGACCCCACUCUCCAGAACCCCAUGUAUUUUUUCCUUGGCAAUUUUUCCUUCUUAGAAAUAUGUUAUGUAACAACCACCGUCCCAAGAAUGCACAGGGAUAUUUGGACCCAGAAAGGAAAUAUUCCUUUUUUGGCCUGUGCUACUCAAAUGUCUUUUGUUCUUAUAUUUGGAGGCACAGAGUGUUUGCUCCUGAGAGUGAUGGCCUAUGACCACUAUGUGGCCAUUUGUAACUCCCUGCACUAUCCUAUAGUCAUGAACCACAGGGUCUGUAUCCAGCUGGUGGCUGGCUCCUGGAUCAGUGGAAUUCCAGUCGAAAUUGGGCAAACAUGCCAGAUUUUCUCUCUGUCCUUUUGUGGGUCUAACACAAUUAACCAUUUCUUCUGUGACAUCCCCCCAAUACUCAAGCUUGCUUGUGGAAACACAAUUGUGAAUGAGGUGGCGGUCUAUAUAGUUGCUGUGGUGUUUUUCAUGGUUCCAUUUCCAUUGAUUGUUACCUUCUAUGGCAAAAUUAUCUCAAAUAUCCUGAAAUUGUUCUCAGCCAGAGGGAGGGCCAAAGCCUUCUCCACCUGCUCUUCUCACCUGAUAGUUGUAGUCUUAUUCUAUGGAACAGCUGCUAUCAAUUAUUUACAGCCCAAGUCAAAUCAAUCUGAAGGCCUGGGGAGGCUGCUCUCUCUUUUCUAUGCCAUUUUGACACCUAUGAUGAAUCCCAUUAUAUAUAGCCUGAGGAACAAAGACGUCAUGGAGGCACUAAAGAAAUUACUACCUAAGUUAUUAACAUGA